AUGGCAAGAUAAUCUAAAACUUAAAAGAAAGCUCCUAAAACAAGUAUUUUUUAGUUUAAUUUAAAUAGCCACUAAAAAAAUAACUAAAAAACCAGCUGGUCCAAGAUAAACUAGAACAAUCAAGGCAGCAGUUGCUGAGGCUUAAGCCACAACUUAACCAAGUGCUGGAUAAAGAAAAUUACCAAGAUAAAACAGAAGAAACAAGCAAGCUAAAAAAGCUCAAUCAAAGAAAGCCACAUAAAAAAAAUGA